CUCCUGCAGCGCCUCGUCGGGCGGCCGCAGGGGCAGCCUGGAGAUCUCCUCCGACGGGGAGCCGCUGAGUCGCAUGGACUCCGAGGACAGCAUAAGCAGUACCAUAAUGGAUGUAGACAGCACAAUUUCCAGUGGACGUUCAACUCCAGUCAUGAUGAAUGGACAGGGAGUGACUGCUUCAUCUGCAAAAAGUAUUGCUUAUAACUGCUGUUGGGACCAGUGCCAUUCUUGCUUCAACUCCAGUCCGGAUCUGGCAGAUCACAUUCGGUCUAUACACGUAGAUGGUCAGCGAGGAGGGGUAUUUGUUUGCUUAUGGAAAGGCUGCAAAGUGUAUAACACACCAUCAACAAGUCAAAGUUGGUUACAGCGGCAUAUGUUGACCCAUAGUGGAGACAAACCUUUUAAGUGCGUUGUGGGAGGAUGCAAUGCUAGUUUUGCUUCACAGAGUGGGCUGGCUCGGCAUGUACCAACACACUUCAGUCAGCAGAACUCUUCAAAAGUUACCAAUCAGCCAAAGGCAAAAGAAGAGUCUCCUUCUAAAGCUGGGAUGAACAAAAGAAGGAAAUUAAAGAACAAACGGAGGCGCUCUUUACCAAGACCUCAUGACUUCUUUGAUGCACAAACCUUGGACGCAAUACGACAUCGAGCUAUUUGCUUUAACCUUUCUGCUCACAUAGAAAGUUUGGGAAAAGGCCACAGCGUUGUAUUCCACAGUACUGUAAUAGCUAAAAGAAAAGAGGAUUCUGGAAAAAUUAAGUUGCUGCUUCACUGGACUCCAGAAGAUAUUCUUCCUGAUGUGUGGGUAAAUGAAAGUGAAAGACAUCAAUUAAAAACUAAAGUAGUUCAUUUAUCAAAACUACCAAAAGAUACAGCUUUGCUUCUGGACCCAAACAUAUACAGAAAGUCUAGUAAAGGAGGUACAUUCAAUGGAAUCCUGAAAGAUCACUUCUCUUAAGAUCACAUGCUGAACCAUGCCACAGAAGAGGUUGAAGAGGUAAAAGUCGACUUGGCGGGGGCAUCUAAUCUACCGUCUUAGUCACUGACCAUGGAAUUAGAAUUGCACAUUCCUUGAGUCCUUUACCUUCAUCCACUGACACACACAAGGCAUGCACACCCCUCUGUACCCAAUUGCUGCCAGCUUAUGAUUGGUCUAACCAUUCUGUGAAUGAAGUUGAUGCAUCUAUGGGAUAUAUUAUAUAUAAAUGUCUAAUAUACCUUAAUGGGAUGGUACAAUAAGAGGUGAAGCAAGGGUUCCUCCAGCAUGCUCACCAUUUUUUUUUCUAGUGACUUUUCUGAAAAUUGUAUUGGAUGAACUUGACAGUGGCUGAAUUGCCAAGUAAAAACCAUCCUUGCAGUUGUUACUAUUACUCAUGUUACUAAUUUUUUUUGUAAGCAAACUCUUUGAAUCUCAUCAUUGAUAAGCAACAGCUAGAGAGAAUUCUUGGUGGAGAGUCUCAGUUGUCACUUUAGUGAACUUGUGGUGUCCAAUCACAAAACCUUAAGUGGUAGUAUCAUGUUUAAGCAAAAUGGUGGUGGCAUACUUUGAUUGAUUG